AAAAUACUUUUCUAUUUUACAUUUUCAUGUCAUUCUGGCUGUGAUAAUUUUUUCUAUCUUGACAAACUCAGUGGCGAUUUUUAUUAUUAUGGAAGAUUGUUUGAUCUUUUUUAAAACUAAACCGUUGCAUGAUUCCAGAAAAAAAGAUGAAGACGGUGUUGAUGGUGGCGGAGAAACCGUCUCUAGCCACCUCCAUCUCCAAUAUACUCUCCAGGAAUAAUUGUAGUUUCCGGAAAGGUUCGAACGGAGCUUGUAAUGUGAACGAGUGGAACGAUAACUUCCCUCCCACCGGGGAGAAGGUCAAGUACAAGAUGACAAGUGUAUGUGGACAUGUGAUGUCCCUAGACUUUGACUCCAGGUUCAACAGUUGGGACAAAGUAGAUCCAGCUGAACUGUUUAGUUGUGCGACGGAGAAGAAAGAAGCGACUGCAAAGCUCCGUAUGCCUUCGUUUCUCAGCCAGGAGGCGAAGGGUUGUGAUUAUAUCGUGCUGUGGUUGGAUUGUGAUAAGGAGGGAGAAAAUAUCUGUUUUGAGGUCCUGGACGCCGUCAGAGGUCAGAUGCGUAGACUUGAUCGUAGCACGGUGUUCAGAGCCAAGUUUUCGUCAAUUACCGCCAAGGACAUUGCGGCUGCGAUGAACAAUCUAGGGGAGCCGGAUGAGAACCAGUCCAAGUCAGUGGACGCUAGGCAGGAGCUGGAUCUGAGGAUUGGUUGCGCUUUCACAAGGUUUCAAACAAGAUUUUUCCAGGGUAAAUACGGAGAUCUAGACUCAAGUCUAAUCUCCUUCGGACCUUGUCAAACCCCGACUCUCGGGUUCUGUGUAGAGAGACAUGAUCAGAUUCAGACUCAUAAACCUGAACCCUACUGGGUUCUCCAGGUAUCUGUUGAGACUGCCUCCGGACUGCGUGUUCCCCUGGAGUGGGAACGUGUUCGAUGUUUCGACAAGGAAGUUGCAGUUAUGUUUCUAAACCUUGUUAAAGCCGAGAGUGUUGCUAAAAUAGAAUCUGUAGUUGUGAAAGAGAAACAGAAGGAGAAACCCAUAGCUUUAAAUACAGUUGAACUGAUGAGGGUUGCGAGCUCCGGGUUGUCUAUGGGACCCCAUCAUGCCAUGACGUUGGCGGAACGCCUGUACAUCCAGGGAUACAUUAGCUAUCCAAGAACAGAGUCAACUCAGUACGCGGAGAGCUUCGACCUUAAGGAUAUUCUCCGACAGCAGCAGAACAGUGGGGACUGGGGAGCAGAGUGUAAAGCUCUUCUCCAGGAAGGAAUUUCUAAACCUAGGAAAGGGCAUGAUGCUGGAGACCAUCCUCCGAUAACUCCGUGUAGGGCGGUUAGCAGAGGAGAAUUGGACGGAGAAUCUUGGAAGAUUUAUGAUUAUAUUGUCAGACACUUCAUCGGAACUGUAUCCCGUAAUUGUAAGUAUGAGCAGACGACAGUGAAUGUUCGGAUAGGUGAGGAGGAGUUUAGUUUCUCCGGUAAGAGAGUUACAGAUCCAGGGUUUACCGGAGUAAUGACCUGGCAAGCUAUUCCUCCGGAAGAGAGUUUGCCACAGGUGAAGAAAGGUGAUAGUUUAACAAUAAAAGAAGCAAAACUAUCCGACAGACAAACAGCUCCGCCCGGUUAUCUAACGGAGUCUGAUCUGAUCACACUGAUGGAGAAACACGGGAUAGGAACAGAUGCUAGUAUUCCAGUACACAUCAAUAAUAUAUGCACUAGGAAUUACGUUAAGAUUGAAUCUGGUAGACGACUAGAACCUACUAACCUUGGUAUUGUUCUCGUGCAUGGAUAUCUCAAGAUAGAUCCCGACCUAGUUCGUCCAACAAUGCGCUCUGCAGUCGAGAAACAGCUGGAUUUGAUUGCGCACGGAAAAGCUGAUUUCCAAUCCGUACUCCGCCACACCCUCGAGGUAUUCAAGAUGAAGUUCCUGUACUUCGUGAAGAACGUGGAGGGGAUGGAUCAACUGUUUGAGGUUUCCUUCUCCUCCCUGGCAGACAGUGGUCGUCCCUUCUCCAGGUGCGGGAAAUGUAGGCGGUAUAUGAAGCUGGUUGAAGCUAAACCUAAGCGUCUCUUCUGUUCAACCUGUGAUGAAACCUAUAAUGUACCCCAGCAGAACGGAAAUCUGAAACUGCAUCAGGAACUUAAAUGUCCACUGGACGAUUUCGAACUGAUAUAUUUUACAGCAGGGGCCCAGGGGAAGUCCUUUGUCUUCUGUCCCUACUGUUACAGCAACCCUCCCUUCCCUGAUAUGGGUAAAGGUUCUCCCUGCUCUGCUUGUAUUCAUCCGACCUGCUCUCAUGGGUUGAACAGGUUGGGUGUGAGUGGUUGUGUUGAGUGUGAUCAAGGUAUCCUAGUCCUGGAUCCAGCGAGUAUACCAAAGUGGAAGCUUGUUUGUAACAAGUGUGACGUCAUUGUUAGAAUAUUUGAUGACGCAGCUAAGAUAACGGUCAAUGCAGCAGAGUCCUGUCCAGACUGUGAAGCACAGCUACUUAAGGUUGAAUACAAGGAAGGAAAAACUAAACUCCCAGGAGAGAGGCUCUCUGCUGAAGGAUGUAUCUACUGUAACCCGGAGUUGAAUGCCCUGGUUGAGAAGUCUCAUGCUGUCCUCUUGAAAGCCCGACGAGGUGGAGGAGGUCGGGGAGGACGGGGUCGGGGUAGAGGAGGAAGAGGACGUGGAAGGAAAGCUCCAAAAGAUAAAAUGUCCCAACUAGCCGCGUAUUUUGUCUAGUCAAAUCAUAUCUUUAUUUCUGUUCUAAAAUUUAAUAUUUUCAG